AUGGCUCUGUUCAUCCACCUGCUCCUGUAUGCAGCGCUCAUCUUUGUGGCGCAAACCGACUCCAGUGAAGACAUGAAGGACGUGAUUCUACAAACACUCGGGCUAACAGAAGUGCCCAGCAUCCAGAAGAGAGAUCUGGAAAAUCUGGUGGUCCCGAAACACAUCAAGAGCAAGUAUGUGUCCAUGCUGAAACUGCACCAUGCUCGGAGGCGGAGGUCUGUGCCCAGUUUGGCAGGAAUCCUUAGGCGUAUCCAUGGCAACGCAGAUAUAACAGGGGAAAUGAAAUACUCGGGCAUGACCCGACAGCAUCUCGUGUUUGACAUGGAGACACGCCUGAAAGAAAACAGCGAGGUGGCCAUGGCAGAGCUCAGACUUUAUCAGACCGCUCCCAAGAAACUGCCUGUGAUUGAGAAGAAGAAGAAGCACAGAGCCGUCCAUCAUGCCCGAGUGAGCAUCUACUGGGUGUGCAACGAGUCCAACCACACCUCACUAGUAGACUCAAGGUUGGUGUCAGUAAACGAGGUCGGUUGGAGGAGCUUUGAUGUGACCCAGGCGGUUCAUUACUGGUCCAAGUCAAUGACAAAAAGCCCACUGCAUUUGGAGGUGCGGAUCGAAGGAGAGAGGCCUGGAAGUUAUGCAGCCGAAAUGGCAAAGCGCGUGCGAUUCACCACGCAGAACAUUCUCGACAGCACUGCAGGGACACCUGAACUCAUCCUCUACACCUUGAAUUUGGAAGAAUAUGGGUCCCUGGGCGACUGCAAGCAUGGCUUGGGCAGUCAGGUGUGCUGUCGGCAAGAGCAUUAUAUCAAUUUCCGGGAAGUGACGUGGGCGCAGUACUGGAUCCUAGAGCCUGCUGGAUACCAGGCUUUCCGCUGCACAGGAGGAUGUAAGCAGCCAAAGCACAACUACGGCUACGGUCCGAGAUCCUGCUCAGUGGUGGAAAGCGCACCUCUGCCGGUUAUGUACCUGCUGAAGAAAGGGGACUACACACAGAUCGAAGUGGCUGAGUUUCCCAACAUGAUCGUUGAAAAGUGCGGAUGUUCCAUGGACAAGAUUUCCACAGUCUAA